AUGAUCCACGAGAUCCCUCAAGAAUCCGUGCGCCGUCUAGGGUCAACCCAAGUCAUCACAGACCCUAUCACUGUCAUUAAAGAGCUCGUCGAAAAUGCGUUGGAUGCAGGAGCUACAUCUAUCAUUGUCGAAGCUAGUUCAGACUUGGUUUCUCAUAUACAAAUAAAAGACAAUGGGUGUGGGAUUGAUCCAAAUGAUCGAAACCUAAUGGCUAAGCCCCAUUGCACCAGCAAGAUAUCUAAAUUCGAUGACUUGCUGGAUGUUACCACCCUUGGCUUUCGAGGUGAGGCGUUAGCUAGCCUUGCCAAUGUGUCUGGGCUACUUACAAUUAUCACUCGUGUAAAAAAUGAAGCAAUGGCGGUGGCAUGUGAGAUCGCCUCCGACGGAUCUCUCAAAACAAUAUCCCCAGUUUCGGCACCAAUCGGGUGUACCGUCAAGGUAACAAACCUGUUUUCCAAGUUUCCAGUUCGAAAAUCUACAUUGGAAAAAACAGCAGCAAAGUACCUGGGCCGGAUAAGACCUCUAUUACUAUCAUAUUACCUUACACAUCCACAGACUCGACUCCAAUUUAGGUGCGUAGCGGCACCGCAAGGUAAUAAAGGAAAAAAGAAGAUUGAGACGAAAUAUGACGUUGUUUUUACUGCAAGUAGUACAAAGGAACAGGCGGUCAUCAAGGCGUUUGGAGCAGAAUCUAAUCGGCACGGGCAGUGGAUUGAGAGUAAGGCCGAAGAUGGUGAUGUUCACGUUGAGGCUUUCAUAGUAAAGCCUGAUGCCGAUACAAAUCCCAUCUCCAAAAAGGGCGUAUGCGUGGCAUACAAGAACCGUCCUUUAUCCAUCACUCGAAAUCAAGGUUUAGCCCACUCUAUAUACAGCCUUUAUAAAAAACAAACCAAACUGGCCUUUACUGCGAGGUCGGUCGAUGCACCUACGGAGCCGUUGUUAUUUCUCAACAUACUCUCCAGCGUCGGGAAGGUGGAUGUCAACAUUGAGCCUGCAAAGGAUGAUGUGCUCUUUGAGAGUAAUGAGAAGGUGAUCGGCUGUAUCAAGGAAUGUUUCGAGCAAGUGUAUGGUACUGAGGAAGAAUUCAGGAGGAAAGGGAGGACCAAUGACGACUUUAGCAGCGAAGCUACGAAUGAUUCUGUGGUUCCAAGCGAAUUUCCAAUCGAGCAGACACUCCAAAAGGCUCCAACAUUCGUACCUGAGAUAUCCGGGACAGCAGAACAGCUAUUAGCUGAAACUAGAAGCCAUGCACCUUCGAGUUCCCCGCCAAUUAAGAUUAGUUCAAGCACGAUUCGUGCCCAACAUCAAAAACCCCUUGGUCGGAAUCAAACCGCUCCCGAAGAGGUGGAAGAGGACAUCCCACUUACAUAUAGUGAAAUCUCCCAAGGCAGGCCGAAUACCAGGAAACAGGAAGAUGGAUGGAGCUUUAGCAUGUAUGGUUCAGGAAUCGAUGAGGACGAGGAUGCAGACUUCGUGGAUAUCGAAGAAAUUAUGAAAGGAACAGAAAGGCAACAGGCUGCACGGGAGGAGGAUAGUCGCAGGGAUAAAUCAAUAUCUAAUCCGUGGACGAUCUCGAAGAUGAAUUCGCGGGUUACGCAGCAAGAAAAACAAGCUGAUAUCCCUCAAGCAGCCUCUGCGGCAAGAAGUCCUACAGUUCCGUUACCAUCUUUUCCCUUUCAAACCCAAGGAAGGGAGAUUCGGAGCUGUAACCCUGGGAUACCAAACGCGAUGGAAAUCGCAAGUCUAUCUAGUGCACUGGCUAUCGCCAAUACUCCGACAUCUAACACUCCCAUUACACGGAUAUCAGAGAGAGGGAACCUUUGGUACCCCAACUUUGGGAGCGAUAAUAACACGAGUUCUCCAAAUAGACGAAAGAGAUGUCUUAUUCCUGAAAGAUUGUCCGAAGCCGCCAGUACUUCCUCGUCUCGAACGGCACAGCAAAGUGCCCACCUUCCGGGUGCUCAAAAACCUGUUCGCAAAUCAGCAGGUCCAAUCGAUACCUGGAUUGGGGCUAAUAAAGCAACUGAAGAAUCUCAUACUUCGUCCUUGGCGGGUGAUGAUCACGAAAGUGCCACUCCACUACCCAUUUCCGUUUUCUUCGGUACUCCAGAUUUAGGUACAUCUAGUAGACCUGGGGACGGAGGACGCGGUAUAUUUCCAUCUGCAUCAGACAGAAUGAGAGAAGAGAGAAGAGCAACGAACCCACAAAUCGACGAGGAAUGGAAAGAAGAAAUAUCUUCAUCUGAAAAUGACGAACCCCACCAACCAGAAUUUGAACCACCAAAGAAUUCUAGAGCUUCUGCAUCCAAGCUCUUGAUUUCUACCGGUCGGUCAAACCCAACCAAGCUCCCAUCUACCUACAAAGUUUCCAAUAAAUCCUCCAAGCCACAGCCCGGAACAUCAAAAUUUCUAAGAGAUGUCGAAGAAGACGAUGUAUUCCCUCGAAAAAUGAAACUUUUAGUCACAACAUUACCUAAAUUUGACUUGCGUUCUCUACGCUUUCGUGCCCGUCUAAUUGAAGACGACUUGUAUGAUGACGAGUAUGAAACAGGGGAAACAUGUCCCAACGAGUUGGAACUAAAGAAACCGUUCUUCUGCUUUCUAAAAAAGUAUGUUGAUGGUGCGGACUAUUCGGAUGAUACGGAAUUAGAGCUACUACAAGAGGACAUCCUAGACGGAAGGGAGUUCGAUUUAAGCUUCCAAAAUCUUGCUAGUAGGCAGUUUGCCACCGCAUAA